AUGUACAAAAAUCUCAAUGGUCUCUCUGCAAAAACGAAUGACAUAUUUUAUUCUUAUUCAGAUAGUAGUAAUGUUGCAUUAUCACAAAAAACAAGUCGAUUUUGGAUACCUUUCGAUGUAAAAAUUCUUGAAACACUUACACCGAAAGAAUACUUAGAAAAAUAUUGUCGAAUAAAUCAUCGUCGAUGGAUAGUUUAUAAACGUAUUUUUGAUAAAUAUAAAGAUAAUGAGGCGCAGUUAAAGGUGGAGGUCCUUCCCGAUGCAUUAUCUGAUGCAUACAUGGGCACUUUUGAUAAUCGGCUGAUAGGACAAAUGAUUGUUUUGCUUGAUUUGCCAUCAAAUUCAAAGAUAACAUUUACUCAAUUUAGUGGUAUUGCAGCAUUUUCUGAAAGAUAUCUUUUUAAGAUUUUCAGAAGACCUGAUAGCAAAGAUUCACAAUUACAAAAAGAUAUUUUAGAAAUACUUGAUUUUUCCUCAUUAGAAUGGAAAUUGGUUGGUGUGAAUAUUUCAUCAACACUACGACAAAUUCUUACAUAUAUAUAA